UAGCAGGUCUCUGCUUGUCUUUCCUCCUGACAUGGGAACAGACACAGACCACUCAUUCAGUUGGAAUAACACAACACAGUUUCCUCGUAGAGCUAGGAAAAUCCCAGAUGGCUCUCACACAAGUACAGGACCAGACUGCUAAAGGGGAAAGGAUCAAUAAGGAAACUGGAGAGCUGAGUGCAUCAGGAGAGUUAUCUGUCUCCGUGGAGUUGAAGGUGGAGAAGGUGGAGGGCCCUUGUAAGAACCCUCAACUCCCACAAGUGCUCAAGGAACAACUACAGGAGCUGGGAGUGCACGAAUGCCCGUACGCUGACCACAGAAGUGACCACGUUCCUUCAGAGCAGAAAGAGGAACAUCUAGUCAAAGUCCUCCCUCUCUACAUACAGGUCUGUGAGGAUGGCGGCAGACUGGAAGGAUUGAACAUAAAGGGGCUUGCAGCUCUCACUGCUGACACUGUCAUCCAUAACAUCCACAACAGACUAGAAGAAAGACCUGCAGAGGGCGCUCGUGAAGAGGUGGUGCGGUUCUUCCAGAGGCAGGAUGCUAAGGAGACAAACUGUGAGACAAGAGACAAUCAAGGAUGGCUGCUGUUAAAGUCUCUGCUGCUGCUGACGGCUGACAGCUCAGAUGUCCUGUCCUGUAUAAACCCCGGGCUCCCUGCUGCUUUAGUGAAAUGUCUGUACCUGCUAGUGUGCAUUCCAGCUAAAAAGGAGAACUUGACCAUAGAAGAGACCUUUCAAGAGUCAUUGACACAGGUUCUCCUUCAGCUCUGUAGGCUGCCAGUCAAUGUGGAGAGACUGGUGGAAACCCAGGCGCUGCAGUGUCUCAUCAUUGGCCUCACAUCACUGUGGGACCAGACCAGCGCUACAUGGAGAUAUCAGGCCUCCCGCGUGCUCAAGGCAGUCUCUGCUGUAGCAACGAGCAAUACUGUCCCGAGCUUGCUAGGCAAGAACUGUGUGCGUAUCUGCAUCCAGAACCUGCUGCACAUCAGCGCUGAUGUCUCGGGGCCGCUGCUUGCUGAGGUGGCUGUGGCAGUGUUCAGCUUCAUUAGGGACUCCUAUCCUCUCAAUCCCGCCCUCUUUUCGGAGUUUGACACCAACAACGGCUACAAGGCCCUUGAGAACAUCCUGAAAGGCUGUGAGAAAGGUGUUUCUGUGGAUCAGUUCCAGCCUGUGGAGGAGUUGCUGGCUCUCAUUGCAUCUUUCACCCUGCUUGGAAAAACUGAGCUGAAAGUGGUUCUUUGUGUCACAAACCCACAACCUCCAGCCUUUAAGUUUGACCCGCCGCUCACCAAAGGUGCAGCAGUAAAAAACCUGCCCGCCUUCCACCUGCUGCAGGCCUCCCUUCUGCGUUCUCAGGAUCCUUUGCUGUGCUGCCAGCUUCUUCGAACCCUGCAGACAAUAUGGGAGAGGGACCCGGCCAAUUUCUUUCUCUUGGAGUGGACUGUCCAGUCGAUGGCCCAGCUGGGUGCAUGUGUGUGGCGUAAACCAGCACCUGUCCAAAAACUAUUCUUUUCACUGCUUGAGAUGGUGAUAUUUAAGUUGAACUACAUCCCCCAUGAGACAUUGCGGGCACUGCUGAGUGUGCUGAAGCAGAACUGGGCUGGGACGCUGGCAGCAGGAGUGGAAGGGAUAGAGUUUGGAGUAGUGGCUCUCAAGUGUUUUCACAGGAUGACCGUGCACAGUGGAAUGCUAGCUGAGGUACUGAGUGACUGGGGCCUGCUGGAGCUGCUGCUCGGCGAACUUCGUAGGAGAGCUAAAAUCCUCAGGAAGGCUGGAGUUGUCUCCUCCCCUCAAAUCAAUCCCCAGCAGCUUCCAAGUGUGGAGGACAGUGAGAGACUUCUCACUACCUGCAUGCUUCAAGUUUUGUCAUCCCUCACUUUGCGGUCAAUCAAAAACACAGUUACAGUGCGAGACCUUGGUAUGGUUCCUUACAUAAAGAUUUUCCUGGAUGAGGAUCAGUAUCGAGGUCCCACUCUGAGCAUUUUGGAGCAGUUAGCUGAAAUCAACCCCGAGGAGUUCAUGAGUACAGCCAUAGGAGCCCUCUGCUCCUCCACGCAGCAGGAACUUGGACUGAAGCGGGACCUUUUGCAGUCUGUGCUGAAGGUCCUGGAGAGUCCCAACAGCUGGGAUGCCUUCAGGAAAGCAGGAGGCUUCACUGGACUGCUGACUCUGGUGAUGGACAUGGAAGGAGCUCUGUCUGACCCUCCCCAGGCAGAAGUGUGGAAGUCCCUGGGGCACCAACCGCUGCUGGACCUCCUCCUCCUCACUCUCCACAUUCUGUCGCUGGCUGUGCAUCUUCACUCAGUAAAUGCACACCAUUUUGAGACUGGAGGAUUUUAUGAAAAGCUGGCGGAGGCUCUUCUCCAGCUGGGCUGUUUCCACACAGAUAGCUCUGAGGAAAUGACAUUUGAUGGGGAGAAGGACUCCUGUAUCAUCACUGCAGAUGAAGGACAGUCUCCCGGGAAGAGCUUUCACCAGUUUGUAGAGUUAGCAGAGGCCCCUGAAGCUCCCUCCUCUCCCUCCAGUACACAGCAGCCCAGUCUGCCUGUCACACUUCGGACAUGUAUAAGGCUGCUCUCCUAUCUCGACCAGUUCGCCACAGGGACCUACUCUUCUCAGGAGUUAAACUUGGGACUUGCACCUGAGGAUGGGUAUGACAGAGAUAAAGAGAAACAAAAUGGACAAACGGGGCACAAAGGAGUGUAUUCAGCUUCCCCUCCUGGCCACUCAGGAUCUGGCCUGCAGUCAGUGGAGGACACACAGGGAAAAUCCAGAAACACAGCACCUAGUAUUUCCACAUCCUGCACAGAGUCCAUGUACAGUAGGUUCACCUGCGAUCAUAUUAUUCUUCAUCCAGGAGCAAUCAGAGUUAUUAUGACUCUCCUUCCAUCAGUUUUUACAACCGAGGACCCACAGGUCUCAAUGGAGGUCCAGUUCUCAGUGGCGCACCACAUCCAGGCCAUGGUUAAAUCUGAGCGAAACCGCCAGAUAGUGUGCGAGGGGGGGCUGCUCUCUACACUCCUGGCCCACUGUAAGAGCAUGUUACUGUCUCCAAGCCACCCGUUACAUCUGCCUGUUACUCGUAUCCUAGAGAAACUCUCCUCCCAGGCCAUCACACAAUCAGACUUCAGAAAGUUCCUGUGUUUAGGGGACCCACUCAUGUGCCUGGCAGACAAAACAGCCAUGCAGUUGCAACCAGACUGUAAACAAGACAAAGAUCCUGUUUCAAAUGGUCACACUACAGAGACAGAUGCCUCAACGGGGUCUCCAGUAAGGACGCUGAAGCGGACCUUCAGCUUGUUGCGGUCUACAACUCGCGGUGAAUCCUGUGUUGGUUCGGCAAUCCCCGUCCACCAGAUCAUCAGUCUGGUGUCCAUGACGUCACCACGCACCUUCAGACCACACCGAGUCUCCUCCACACCUGCCUUUGUAGAGUUUGACAUGAGUGAGAGCGGAUAUGGCUGCCUGUUCCUGCCCUCUCUGGCUACAGUGAAAGGCGUGGCCGCUGAUUCAAUCCCAACAGGUGGAAUCGGAGGAGACUGCCGGGGUUUUCCUCCUACAGCUGGCCUCUCAUUUUCCUGCUGGUUCCAGAUCAACCGGUUUAGUUCAUCCUGUGAUUCCCACCCAAUCCGUCUACUGUCAGUGGUUCGCCACAUGUCCCGGACCGAACAACAGUACAUCUGCCUGUCUAUCUCCUUCUCAGCCUAUGAUGGCUGUCUGGUCAUCUCCACAGAGGAGGAAGCAUUUACAUACCUGGAUAUGAUGGAGCCAGAAGUUUGCUCUCCUACCUCGUUGACCACAACACUGAGGUUCCGCUGCUCCAGCAUGCUGAUCCCAGGUCAGUGGCACCACGUGGUUGUCGUCAUGGCCAAAGACGUGAAGAAGAGCUGUCUGGCUUCAGCCUACUUCAACGGCAAGGCAGUGGGGACAGGAAAGAUGAGGUAUAUUCAGCCGUUCCCUGGUCAGUAUGUCUCCAUGGACCCUGCAGCUGUGAUCGAUGUUUACGGCCUGAUAGGAACACCAGCUCUCUGGAAGGAACACGCUGCUCUCGUGUGGCGCGUUGGUCCGUCUUACCUGUUUGAAGAAGCUUUGAGCCCUGAGGCUGUGGCUGUUAUGUACAAACAAGGAACCGCCUACCAGGGCAACUUCCUGGCUUUGCGCAACACAGGCCAUGAUCCAGAUGUUGAGUCUCUCCCUCUCAGGCUGGUCCCUGAGGAGAGGAUCUCAUUUGGCAUCAACCCAGCAAUUUCUACACUUACAACUGUCGUGCAGGUCAGAGAGGAUUACAAUGAGGUGGACUGCAGACUAAUCGCUAAAGAGAUGGGGAUAACAUCUCGGGAUAACUCCACCCCUGUGUUCCUAUCUCACAACAUCAGCCAGCACCUGAGCGGGACAGCUCGAACCAUAGGAGCAGCCUUGGUCGGACACUUUGGUGUGCGUACGUUCACCCCUAGCAGUGCAUCCAACAGCUUCCUGUAUGUCGGUGGGCCUGCAGUUGUUCUCAGUCUAGUUGCAAUGGCGCCAGAUGAUAGCUCUUUGUACGCAGCUGUCAAAGUCCUACUUUCUGUCUUGGAGACCAACUUUGCCAUGCAGCAGGAAAUGGAUCGCAUCAACGGAUACAAGCUGCUAGCUUUCCUGCUGAAGAUGAAGCGCAGUCUGGUCAGCUACAGAACCUUUCAGCUGGUUCUGUACCUCUCAAAGUCAGUGGAGCUGACCUCUGGCUCAGGCUGCCUACACAACACACCUGCUUUCCAGGCCCUGCUGUGUGACCUGGAGGUUUGGCAGAACACGUCAGAUAACCUGGACCUUUCAGUUCUGAAACACUUUGCUGAAAUCCUAAAAUCCUCAAGCAAUGACAGCAGGAAUGCAGCGGUCAUGCACAGAAUCGGCCUGCUACCAAAGCUGCUGUUUGAACUCUCGGAUCCUGCUGUGACUGUUCAGAAGGUUAAGAUCAUUUCUUGCGUCAUCACAUCCCUGCUGAAAGCUCACUUCACCCCUCUGGACAUAAGCAGACUUGGACUCUUCCUGGUCUACACACUCCCUCCUCUUAGUAACAUGAAUGAAGGUGGCAGUGAUCUUUCACAAGAGACACCAGUUCUGAGCUCUGAUCCAGCCAGCCUCAUCUGGAUCCGCAACCAGCUGUUAUUCUCCAUUUGCGAAAUCCUCAACUCAGACGGCCUUUUAAUCAAAGAUCAGCAGACGGCCUUAUUCGAUGCCCUGGGCAGCGAUUGGUUCCUGCUCUUCCUUCAGCCCCACCUUCACCCUUCCACCUUGAAACUGGGUCUAGUCCUGCUCACACACUUUCUAUCGAGUCCCAACCAGCAGAGCAGCUUCAGAGAGGGGGUCCUCCUAGCUUCACUCAUAGAGGGCAUGGAGGAACCCUUUGCUGUCUUGGACAACCUCCGAGCCCAUUCUUGGUCUUAUGAGUGUCUCAGCACCACAUGUCCAGGCUUCGAUGUCCUCCAGGGGCUGCUGACCAGACACCUUCACCUGCCUCAGGUCUUUGAAGCCAUGGCUGCUCUGCUCCUGCAAAAGAAGGCCAGUCACACUGCAGAGGAAAAGGUGCAGUUGGAUGAUACCCUACAGUCACUGAUUGACAGCCAAGCAGACGCUCCUGCUCAGCAGCUCUGUGUCGAAGCUGCGACAAUACUGUUAGAAUUAAUCAAAGUCAUCAUCGCUCAGCCUGUACCUGCAACAAAGCACAUGUCGGGCACUGAUGCAUCAUGGGAGUUGCAGCUCCCAGCAAGUGUGAUGCAGUUUCUUUGUCUUCUCCAUAACCUCCGGCCCAGAGAUCCACUGUGGGCAUCACCAGAGUUCCUCCAUGCACUCGCUGGAGUUGUGUUCCCUCCAGACAUUUCAGAGGGCGUGGGCGAGCCUUGCGCAAUGAGCGAAGGUGAGGAUGCAUUUAAGAGUCAUCCAAACAGGAAGCCAGUGUACGACUUUAUCCGUAUUCUGCUGAUGGACAGUCUUCUUAAUGUGUCUGCCAACACCAACACACAUCCUCUCAUUCUGCUGCUGGAGUUUUCCCCUGAUGGUGCAUCGCUGGAACAGAAACAGAGUUUCCAGACUGAGCUGCUGGAGUUUAUCAUGGACAUCAUCCGCAUGCUCAGCAAUGAGGAAGAAAGCAGCACUCAUCUCAACUCACAAGACUACACGGACCUGACACCUGAAGGACAGAUGAGUAUGUUGGUGGAGAAUGUGGUGCUCUUCAGUCAGACUCUGCAGCAGAAACUUUACAGCGGAAAGUUCUUGGGAGACUCGGAAAAUUUGAUCAACUUCCUUGCAGAUCAGAUUGUUGUGGCUCUGGAGAAAGGCCAAACUCAGAAAGAGAAGACAGUGUCAGCUCUCUACUCGUGCACCAAUAAAGUCCUGCUUCAUCUCUUGUCUCAACCCCGACAUUCCCAAGAAGAAAAAGACGGGGUCAUCAGGGCGUUACAGACCUUUAUGGAACGCUGGGAUGUAGUCAUGGCAACUUACAAUGCAAAUAUGAACUUCAUUACGUGCCUUCUUCACUGUCUGUUACUGAUCCGAUCGGGCAGCUACCCUGAAGGUUUUGGAUGUGGGCCACAAAAAGUACUUAACAGGAAAGCUUCAUCCCACCUGUUUGCUCCCCAAACCAGACAUCCUGCACGGCUCAGCAACGGAGCAGACAUUACCACAGAUGACAGAGAACUAGUGUCCUUAGCGGAGGUCUGCUGGUCAAAGGUCAUGGCGGAGAGGCGGCACAUGCUUGAAGAAAGCUCUAAGAUAGAGAUCUCAGCGAGCCCCAUGGCGGAGACGGGGCCUGUCAGCAUGACUGACAUCAGCCCUCUGUGGGAGGAGAUGGCACAAAAAGCCUGGCUGCUGCACACAGAGUCUCAGAAGAAGAAGGUGACCAGCAGCUCCCAGAAGAAGUUUGAUAUGAUCAGCAGUGCUGUUCGCUCAGCUUUGGGCCGACCAGGCAAAGAGUCAGUAACAUUAGAGGAGUUUCUGUCCUGCAUGGAGUCACAUCGACAGAGAGGCCACAGCAUGUUUGAGAAUAUGAGGACAAAUCACUUACAGUUAAGAGCUAGUGAGUGGGAGCGAGUGAGCUCCAAGUGGCUGCACGUGGAAGCCGAGCUGCUGAGGGAGAGAGCCGUGUUCGGCCCCGGCCCAGGGGUGCUGCUGAGCCAAAACUGGGUGCAGGAUGCUGCUGAAGGACCCAACCGGACAAGAUCACGCAUCCGCAGAAAAGCUCUUAGACAAUCCAAAAGGGUGCUAGGAACGCUGUGUCUGGGUUUAAGGACUGGCAUGUCUGAGGAGAACAAAAAUAGAACCGAAGGUGAAACAGAGCCCAAGAUCCUGUGUGAAGUUGGAGCAGAGGUUAAAGAGGAUGAAGAAGAGGGAGGACAGGAUUGUGACCGCCUGACCUUCUUUCCUGUUCUGAAUGAGGCACCUGCUGUCACUGAGAGUCCCCUAGACCCCUUAACCCCCGAAUCCUGCUCCCAUAUGCAAGACUGCCACGACAUACGCAUCAUCCUGCAGCAGCUGCAUCUUGGAGAGGAGGUAAAGGCUAAGAUGUGUGUAGUGACGCUGAGUGGCCUGAGAGUGACGGAGGGGGUGCUGCUGUUUGGGAAGGAGAGCUUCCUCUUGUGUGAGGGAUUCACCCUGAGUCCUGCUGGAGAUGUUUGUUGCAGGAAACACCAUCCCAGCAGUGUGAGGGAUUCCUUUAUUGCUACCAUGCUGAGUAAAGAGCUGCCGCCAGCCCGCUGCAGACGCUGGCUUUAUGAGGAUAUCAAGGAUGCCCGCUUCAUUCGUUUCCUUUUAGAGGACAAUGCUAUAGAGGUCUUCAUGAAAAACGGACUUUCAGCCUUCCUGGUGUUCCUGAAUAAAGACCACGUCUCUGCAUAUAAAAGGUUAUGCACGGUGGUGUCUGCAUUAAAAGGCAGAGGGGUUGCUGAGGUCAUUGCUAAUGCCAGGAAGACUCCUGUGGUUGAAAAGGCAGCUCUUGUCAAAUGGCAGAAAGGGGAAAUAAGUAACUUUGAGUACUUGAUGCAUUUGAACACCAUUGCUGGGAGGACAUACAAUGACCUGAUGCAGUAUCCAGUGUUCCCCUGGGUCCUCGCUGACUACCAGUCAGAGACCCUCGACCUUUCAAAUCCCUCAACUUUCCGCGACCUGUCUAAGCCAAUGGGAGCUCAGACAGAGAAAAGGAGACAGGCAUUCAUCCAAAGAUAUGAAGAAGUUGAGAACAUAGAGGCUGAAGGAAAUUUGUCAGCACAAUGCCACUACUGUACGCACUACUCCUCCGCCAUCAUCGUAGCCUCCUUCCUCGUCAGGAUGGAGCCGUUUUCACACACCUUCCAGACACUACAGGGCGGGUUUGAUAUCCCGGAGCGGAUGUUUCACAGUGUAAAGAAGGAGUGGGAGUCUGCCUCCAGGGAUAACACAGGGGACGUCAGAGAGCUGAUCCCAGAGUUCUUCUACCUGCCUGACUUUCUGCUCAACUCCAACCACAUCCAGCUCGGCUUUAUGGAGGAUGGUACCGCUCUGGGAGACGUGGAGCUUCCUCCAUGGGCGAAAGGUGACCCCCAGGAGUUCAUUAGGAUCCAUCGAGAGGCCUUGGAAAGUGACUAUGUGAGUGCCCACCUCCACCUGUGGAUAGACCUGAUUUUCGGGCACCGGCAACAAGGCCCUGCUGCCGUAGAAAGUGUGAACACGUUCCACCCUUACUUCUACGCUAAGAGAGGACAGCAGGGUGCUAAGGACCCCCUCAUCAAGAGCACAAUCUUAGGAUACGUCAGCAACUUUGGCCAGGUUCCCAAACAGCUCUUCACCAAACCACAUCCACCUCGCAGUGGCACUAAGAAAGAAGGAUCAUCACCAUCUCAUCCAACUCCAUUUUUCUACAAACUGGAUAAACUGAAGACCUCUGCGCAGCCAUUCAGAGAGCUGCCGAGAGGCCCUGUCGGUCAGAUAAUGUGUCUGGAAAAAGAGGUUGUGGUCCUGGAGAGAAACCAUCUCCUCCUGUCGCCUCUGUUAGGCUGCUUCUUCAACUGGGGCUUCCCUGACAAUAGCUGUGCCUUUGGAAGCUAUGCCACAGAAAAGACCUUUGCUGUGUGUGAGAGUUUAUGUGACUGGGGGGAGACGUUGUGCGCCGCCUGUCCAAACCCAACAACCAUCGUCACCGCAGGAAGCAGCACUGUGGUGUGUGUGUGGGAUGUGGCCAUCAACAAGGACAAACUCACUCACAUGAAACUCAGACAGCCGCUGUACGGACACACAGACUCAGUGACGUGCCUGGCUGUGUCUGAGGUCCACAGCAUGAUAGUUAGUGGCUCUCGUGACCUCACCUGUAUCCUGUGGGAUAUGGAGGAGCUGAGCUAUGUCACCCAGUUAACAGGACAUCCAACCAGCAUCUCUGCACUGGCUAUCAACGAACUCACCGGUGAGAUCGCAUCAUGUGCGGGACCUCUGCUCUACCUGUGGACGAUGAAGGGUCAGCUGUUGGCCUGCACUGACACUUCCUGCAGGCCUCAGCCAGACGUCCUGUGUGUCAGCUUCACACAGCGACACGAGUGGGAUGCCAAGAACGUCAUCGUCACUGGCUGUGCAGACGGCGUCAUACGGAUAUGGAAGACAGAGUACACCAGAACACAAUUACCUGGCCCUCCAGAAGAGCCUGUGUCCCCAGGGCAAGACCGAACGGAGAGAGACGUGAGCAGCUCAUGCCAGGUUAAAGGCUGGGAGAGACAUCUGGUAUUGUGUCAAGAGCUGAACAGAAGUCAGGCUGUGUCGCAGCGCCGCAGCAAGAAUAAUCCAGCCAUCACAUCGCUGACCAUGUCCAGGAGCCAUGCUACUCUGUUGGCCGGUGAUGCCUGGGGCAGAGUUUUCACCUGGACCUGUGAGUGAGAGGUGGCAGGGUUCGAACACAAUCACGCCUCCAGCCACCGUUUCUACACAGAGACUCUGACACAGAAAAUCCAUCAGUGUCUCAGGUCUGACACCAACUGAGCUUUUUGUUGCCUGUGUGUGCACUCAGGGAGAAUUAUGUUACAAUAUUAGGUACAAGUCUCAGACAACAUGGAAUAUUUUAUCUCCUACAUAGGUAUUUAAUUAUGUUUUUUUUUCUUCUUUGUAAAUACUGAAUUUCAACAAAUUUUAAUAAAACUGACAGCUAUUUGCAUA